UUCAGCAGACGCGAAACCCCGGCCCUCUCUCUCCCAGCUCUGCUCUGCUCUCUUCUUUCGCCACCGCCCGGCGCCAAUCUCAGGCAAAAAGCUCAGCACGCAACUGCUACACAGGAGGAUGGAGGUGGAGAUGCAGCUGGACGACGACCUCUUCUUCGCGGAGCUCAGCAAGCGGAUAACGGUGCUCAUCACCGACGACGACGACGCCGACUUCGUCGCUGCCGCCGCCGCCGCCGCCGCCGCCGUGCAGUUCCCCGACGCCAUGCACCUUCCGCCGGGUUUCUCUAUGUCGCCCCAUGUGCCAUCGAUGUUGGCGCCACCGACCUACACGCUGUUCCACCACGCCGCCAGCUACGGCGCCGCCACCGUCGCGAACAGCGCCGGCGAUGCUGGCAGGACGUGGCAGCAACCGCAGUGCGGCAGCAAGGGCACCGGCGUGUUCAUCCCGCGGUCCACGCCCGGCGGCGCGCACUCCAAGCGCAAGGGCAGGAACUGGAGCGGCUCCAAGGCGCGGGCGAAGGCCGAUGGCGUCGUCGCGGCGGGCACGCCCGGCAAGAGACGCGCCUGACUCAGAGAAUCUGUUCUAAGAAGAGCUGCUCGGUCGCCGCUGAUGGAUAGCCUGCGCAGCGUGCGCGGGACCUACUUGUCGCUCGUCGGCAAGGCCGUGGCCCGGUGCAAGUUGCACCACCACACGUAGC